AUGGCGCGGACAUCGGUGACUUCCGAGUCGAUGGACUCGUCGAAAGAAAUCAGGAAACGCUUCUCGUUCAGACGGCGCCCGAAGACUCCGUUUCGCGUCUCUCUGGACCACCUAGUGCUGUCGAGUCGCUUCGACGAGGCCACCGUAGCGAUCUCGCGGCGUCGGGACGUGCUGUGGUCGUUGACGAGCGAGGAUCUGGUGGACGAGAUGCCGUCCGUGGACCUCAGCUGCGGCGGCGACUUCACCGUUGGCCUCUCUCUCAAGAAGGGCAAACAUGGGCUCUGGCGGCCCAAGAUCAUCAGCUUCGAAGUGUCUGCAUCGCGCGGGCCGACGGAGUGGACCGGCUCCGUGCAGCGAGACAUCAUGGAAAUGCUCCACCAGCAGCCUCUCGACAGCCAGGACGCCUUCCACGACACGAUUCCCGUCGUGCUGUCCUCGAACGUACCUGGAGACCCAAUCGAGACGGCGUUCAUCACGGGGCGCCCCCCGAAAGAGGGCGAGGUCCUCAUGCGCGACACAGCCCGGCUCGAGGCCCAGCUGUCCGAUGCUGACCGCGCUGCCGCACAGCUCCAGGCAGCGGCCACCGCGACGCUCUCGCACGCGGCGCUCCACGGCGACUCGGACGAGGAAGACAUCGAUCCGCUCGAGACGUGGCGGCCCGGCGAGACGGCACCGGCGCGCGACGCGAGCCCCGAGGCCCACCAGGGAACGUCGAUCGAGAGCCUGCAGGGGUCCGUGGCGUCGGGGAGCUCGCGGGGCCGCAAGGGCACGCCGGACGUGGCUGUGCUGGUCGCUGGCCUGCGCGCGGAGCUGCAGGUGAAGGAGCAGGAGCUGCAGCAGGCCCGGCACGAGCUCGCUGACGUCGCAGCGUCCGUGGCAGCGGUCCAGGAGGACCUUGAGAGGAUGUCUACGCAGCUGACCGGGACGGCGGCGACGGCGGCGACGCUCAGCAAUCGCGACACGGCCCUCACGAGCGAGCUGUCUCAGCUCCGCGAGCUCCUCACGGCCAUCGGCGCGCUGUCGCCGCGCAGCACCACGUCGGCGCCCUCCGCCACGCCCUACCCGCAGCGCCCCGGGAACAGCGAGGCCACGACGACGACGCACACGGGCACGCCGUCGACCGCCGAGCAGCCCGCGCCCGCGACGCCGACCGCGCCGCACGCCGCGUCCGCGCCGCCAGCGUACGCGGCCUCGAUGCCGAUGCUGGUCGCCGAGCUCGACGGCGAGAACGCGCGGCUCCGUGCGGCGCUCGCGGCGGCCGAGAGCGACCUCGCGGCCAUGCGCGCGUCGCUGCGGCACGGCCUCUCGGCCGCGGAGGAGAUCGCCCGCGACGCGCACAGUCUCUCGGCUGGGUCCACGCCGCGGAGCGGGGGGUCGGGGGUGCGGCUCCGGCUGGAUCUCGACCGCACCGAGUCCUGCGAGCCCCGCGUGCGCGUCCGCCUCGAGGGACCGCGCCCGGCGGGGGGGGGUGUGUCAGCAGAGGCGGGGCCUGCAAACAGCGUCGAGGGCGCCACGAUGAGCGUGAACCCGCUGUUCCGGCGGGACGGGGACGAUCUCGAGCCGGAGGUCGCUGCGUCAGCCAUCGCAGACCUGUCGCCGAUCGCGGAGGCCGGCGCCAGCAACGACAGUGUUGUUGGGGACGUUCCGCGCGACACGGGCACGAGCCCCGAACAUGCGGACGGGACGGAGGCGACGCGGAUGGGCAGCGCGCUCCUCGCCGCGAUCCGCCGCGCCGACCGCGUCGAGGCGGACAACGCGUUGCUCCGUGACAAGGUCCGCAAGCUCCAGGCCCGGCAGCGUCAGCUCGUCUCGGAGCGCGAGGAGGUGCUCCGGCUGGUGGACGAGGUCAGCAAGUCGCAGGAGGACGCUCAGGCGGCGUGGGACGAGGACCGCCGCGCGUGGGUGGAGCGCUGCGAGGGCCUUGAGCGCGACUUCCGGCGCGUGUCGGCGGACCUGCGCUGCACGGCGCAGGACCGGGAGGCGGUGGACGUGUUGUGCGACGAGCUGGCGAUGCGGUGCCGGGAGCUGGAGGGCGCGCUGGGGGACGCGGUGAGGGACAGGGAGGCGGCGUGGCGCGAGGGGCGCGCGCGCGAGCGGGAGGCGGCGGACGCGGGCGUGCGGGCGCGGGCGGCGGAGCGGAAGCUGGCGCGAGUGAUGGCGGCGGCGAGCGAGGAGCGGGAGCUGCUGAGUCAGGAGGUGGGGGGACUGAAAACGCGGCUCAGGGACGCAGUGCGGCUGCGCAGGGAGGCGGAGGCGCUGCUGCUGGAGUUCAUCAAUGCCACGGAGGAGCAGGCGAACCUCGGUCCCGACGGCGGCGCGCCGCACGGCGCCAACGACCACCGCGGCAGCCGCACGGCUGCUCUGAUCGCGGCGGCCGGCGACUCAGGCAGCGACUCGUGGCCCCACGAACACCCGAGCCCGGCCGCGCCAGGCCCGGUCGCGGGCAUCGACGCGGUCAGGAGCCCGACGGACUUCCAGGGGGGGGCCUCCAGCACGUAUGUCAGCCGCUGA